CAGACCAAGGAGGGGCCACAGCCAUGGCCUAUGCAUGUGAAAACGGUUACCUGGAUGUGGUCCAGAUACUUUCAUCCUAUGGGGCCAGACGUACCCAUUUGCGAGAUGCGAUGGGUGGAUACUUUGCCUUUGAAGCUGCAGCAGGUCACAGUCACAUCGUGCAGUGGUUAGCAAAGACCAGGGACUGGUGCACUCCAUUGCACCAUGCCAGUGUGCUACCUGUUGCACGUGUGAUCAGCUUGCUCCGUGCCGGUGCUCGCUUGCACCACCGAAAAAGGGACCCCACCAAGUUGUGUGUCUCGCCCCUGGAGCUGGCGCGCGAAAACACCGAAGGUUCGGAGGCAUCGCAGGCGUCGCAGGCGUGUAGAUUGGUGGUGCUGGCUUCGCAGCCCUGGUGCGCAUUGAAUCACCAUCUAUUUCCGGAUCCCUUGAGGCGAUUGGCCAAAUGGCUGGCACUGCUGGGGCAUCAUCUGUCCCAGAGAUAUGGCCGUCAACUUGCUGACAUUUGGCGAAUGUGUGUUAUUCCCAUGGUGGUUGACCGCCAACAGUGCAGAUUCAGGGCUGGCUCGCAAGUCCCGAGCAAAGUUGGGCACUACCUCAAAAUCCACCAAUUUGCUGAGCGACUCCAGUGGGGGGCUUGAUGGCGGUCAUGUUUCAGCGUCCUUCAAGACAAGAAGGGCUAUGUACAAUCUAGGAAUCUAGGACUAUCUAGGAGUUAUACCCUAUAGUAGUAUUGCACGCAAGAUUUUGCCGGCAACGCCACACUUGGCUUCUCCUGGCCAUAAUUCAGCAAGAAAGAUGAAGUGGUGAUGCAGCUGCAACCAAUUAAAGAAGAAUAGCCCAGCUUGAAAACCACGCCGGGCAAACUGUGCUGACAUUUGUGCGGAUUAUUUUCCAGCGUUCCGGGCCUUACCGGCCAAAGUGCACAUCCACCCAAUGUCAGAUGCAUGUC